CUCUUCUCUGUAGUCAGUCUUUGAGCUUGCCCGGGUUUCUCACGGUCAGCAGUGAUCUGACCAGGAAGAAGCUUCUUCACCACGAAAAAAGCAGAAGACCAAUUCCAAAUCCUUAUCGAUUCCUCUGCUUGGAAAAUCACAGACUUACCCCUUUACGCACUCCCAAGACUUUGACGAGCUUUGCCAAACAGUAAACACCAAAGACUAAGAUUUUUUAUAUACUUUUUUUCCACAUUUUUGCCGAACACCUCCAUUCGCCUUGCCUUCUUCACCCAUUUCGUGAAAACCAAACAGACAAACAAAAUUCACUGCCUUUUUCUGUCCGUCUCUCUCUUUUGGAUCUCUCCGAAGUCUGAGGUUUUGCUUCUGUUUUGUUCAGAUGGUGUUUGAAAUUCUAUAGCUUCCUUCGAAGUUUGAGACUUUUUUGCUGGAACUGGAAGCCCCUUCGUUUGUGUUGGGCAAAGAUGUCUCCUGAACUGACAGCAAAUGUUCGACUGGUACGAUGUCCGAAAUGCCGGCAACUUCUUGCGGAGUUGCCGGAUGUUCCGGUCUACAGGUGCGGCGGAUGUGGUGUCACUCUCCAAGCAAAACCUCGAGUAAAUGGAUUGAGAAGCAAGAGCGCUAGCUUAAAUGACACUGAGGCAGCUCAGAGGAUUCGUUUGGAUCACGGUUCUGAAGAUAAAAAAUCCAGAAGUUCUGCUCGUAAUGCAACUCUUUCUGAAUCCGGAGAAUGCUCUUCAGACCAAGAGAAUGAGAGGGAUCAGAAGAAGUCGUCAGAAGGCAACGAGUCUAGCACCUCAAGUACUCCUAAGGCUACUUAUCCUGAAUCAGGAAAUUGCUUUUCAAACCAAAACAAUGAGAAGGAUGAAGACAAGCCUUUCGAAGAAGAGAAAUCUAGCAGCUCAAGUCAUAAUGCAGCUCCUCUAGACCAAGAGAAUGAGAGGGAUCAGAAGAAGUCGUCAGAAGGCAACGAGUCUAGCACCUCAAGUACUCCUAAGGCUACUUAUCCUGAAUCAGGAAAUUUCUUUUCGAACCAAAACAAUGAGAAGGAUGAAGACAAGCCUUUCGAAGAAGAGAAAUCUAGCAGCUCGAGUCAUAAUGCAGCUCCUCUAGACCAAGAGAAUGAGAGGGAUCAGAAGAAGUCAUCAGAAGGCAACGAGUCUAGCACCUCAAGUACUCCUAAGGCUACUUAUCCUGAAUCAGGAAAUUGCUUUUCAAACCAAAACAAUGAGAAGGAUGAAGACAAGCCUUUCGAAGAAGAGAAAUCUAGCAGCUUGAGUCAUAAUGCAGCUCCUCUAGACCAAGAGAAUGAGAGGGAUCAGAAGAAGUCGUCAGAAGGCAACAAGUCUAGCACCUCAAGUACUCCUAAGGCUACUUAUCCUGAAUCAGGAAAUUGCUUUUCGAACCAAAACAAUGAGAAGGAUGAAGACAAGCCUUCCGAAGAAGAGAAAUCUAGCAGCUCGAGUCAUAAUGCAGCUCCUCUAGACCAAGAGAAUGAGAGGGAUCAGAAGAAGUCGUCAGAAGGCAACGAGUCUAGCACCUCAAGUACUCCUAAGGCUACUUAUCCUGAAUCAGGAAAUUGCUUUUUGAACCAAAACAAUGAGAAGGAUGAAGACAAGCCUUCCGAAGAAGAAAAAUCUAGCAGCUCAAGUCAUAAUGCAGCUCCUCUAGACCAAGAGAAUGAGAGGGAUCAGAAGAAGUCGUCAGAAGGCAACGAGUCUAGCACCUCAAGUACUCCUAAGGCUACUUAUCCUGAAUCAGGAAAUUUCUUUUUGAACCAAAACAAUGAGAAGAACGAAGACAAGCCUUCCGAAGAAAAGAAAUCUAGCAGCUCGAGUCAUAAUGCAGCUCUUCCAGAGCAAAACGACGAGGGGGAUCGAAGUAAAUCUUCAGAAGACAACGAAUCUAGCAGCCCAAGUACUCGUAAGCUUACUUUUCUUGAGUCGGGAAAAUACUCUUUUGACCAAAACAACGAGAAGAGUGAAGAUAAGUCUUCUGAAGUCAUCGAAUCUAGCAUCUCAAUUCAAAAUGAAAAUCUUUCAAACCCAGGAGAAUACUUUUCGGACCAAAACAAGGAGAAGAGCGAAGAUAAGUCUUCCGAAGACGAAGGAUCUAGCACCUCAGGUCAUAAUGCAAGUCUUUCAAAGUCGGGAGAAUGCGCUUCAGACCAAAACAAUGAGACAGAUAAUCCUGUCAUUAGUAAAUCUUCAGAAGGUAAUGAAUCCAGCAGCUUAAGUCCCAAGGCUACUGUUCGAGGAGAAUGUUUCUUGGACCUAAACAAUGAGAAGGAGCAGAUUAAGUCUUCAGAAGGCAACAAAUUUAGCAGCUCAAGUCCAAAAUCUACUUUUCCUGACUCGGGAGAAUGUUUACUGGACCAAAACAACGAGAGGGAUCUAAGUGAACCUUCAGAAGGCAACAAGCUUAGCAGCUCAAGUCCAGAGGCAACUUUUCCUGACUCGGGAAAAUGCUUCUCAGAACAAGACAAUAAGAAGAGUGAAAUCAAGUCUUCUGAUGACAGAGAAUUUGGCAGCGCAAAUCAUGGGGCUACUCUUCCAGACUCAGGAGAGUGCACUUCAACCAGUAUGAAGGGUCCCGAUGAGUCUUCUGAAGAUUGUGAUCAUGAACAAGUUGGAGAUAUAAACCUACCAAAUGAAGAUCAAAAUAAUCAGAGUGAUCAAAAUGAUUCUCAUGAUUUUGAUAGUGAGAAACUUGAAGUUUCCAAUGAAUUUUGUUCAUCGACUGAGUUUGCACGUGAAGAAGUUAAGGAGAGCUCAGCUUUAGGAGAGAAAAAUAUGGACGUAGGCAUCAACAAGGAGAUUGAUUCUGAUUUCCAGAGCUCAAAUACUGUAAAUCAGGGAGAUGCAAGGGGAAGUAGUUCAAAUGUUGCUGCUCAUACGGCCUCACGGGAAAUCAUUUCAUCAGGUUCCUUUGAAUCUUCUCGCAAUGAACAACAGGUGGAACCUCGGAAUAGUGUUCCCAAUGGCUUUGAUCAUGUAAGGUCUCCUGUUGCAUUUGAAAGUAUAGUUACUGCUCAUAUGGCAGUAAGGGAAAGCGUUGCAGCGGAUUCCCUGACAUCUUCUCCUAAUGGCCAACUGGAGGAACCUCAGAAUAAUGAUUUUCCCAAUGGCUUUGAUCAUGUAGGGUCUCCUGAUGCAUUUGAAAAUACGGAGUUCUUCCCCAGCUUUGAGCUUAGCGGUGCACCUAGAGAUCUGUCGAAGUCCCCAGCAAAUAGAAGUCAUCAUGCUUAUGAUGCCAGUGUUUCUUCUUAUGAUGGCAUGGAUGAUCAGUUCUUCAACCGAAAUACACGUUCAAACAUUGUUCAUUCUGAAGAAAGAAUCCGAAGGGAUAAAUUCAUGGCGAAUAGCAUGAUGACUAGAGAUUCAGGAUUGCAACGUCAAGCAAGGGAUCCCUGGUCAAAUUUUCCUGUGAAGAAUGAUCAUGCCAUGAAAUACAGAAAGUGGGAUCAAGAUGCAUUACUGCCACCUAGAAGACAAGGCCAUCCAAGCCGAGAUUGGAAUAGAUUGCAGAGUGAUGAAUAUAUGUCUAGGAUGGCAUUCCGUCGAAGAGUUUCCCAAGGCGGAUACAAAAAUAGAGGCCUCACAAAUCAACUGGAUAAUGAGUACCAGCACAAUUCAGGCUACCAAUCAUCUGAAAUGUCUGUGGAGGCUGAACAGGACAAGAGGACACUAUUAAGAAUGGUUUAUGAACUGCAGGAUCAAGUUAACAAUUUGAAUGGAAAGGCGGGUGGAAGGGUUGCCAGAGGAGCCACUUGGAAGGAGAAGAGCAUGGCCCAGUACCGUGAUUAUGAGGCAUCCGAGGAGGAACUCUAUCAUGAUCCAAACUACCAGAGGUAUCUGAGAAGACACAGGGCAGGCAGCCACUAUCCCCCUGAACACCACCGCAAAAACAUGCGUAUACCUUUCUCAAGUGAGGCAACAACCAGCAGGCACCAAGCUGAUUCUUCAUAUUUGCAUCAUGAACCCCAAGACUGGCAGUGCUCAGCACCUUUGCCUCAACCCAUUCGUUGCAGCAACAACGGGUUAUGUAUGGUUCACCCUGGUCACAGUUGCUGGACAUCAUAUGACGAGUCUCGUCCCUUAACUCCCGAACGGUAUGUGGAAUCUGAUUUUCCUCUUUGGGGCCGUGAAACAAUGUCUGAUGAUCUGAGGCACCAAAGGCAUGAUGUGAAGAAGCUUUACAGAGAGAAACAACAUUUGGCUAAGCGACAUUUCCGCCCCAUAGCAGGUGGAGCCCCUAUCAUAACUUGUUACAACUGCUCAAAACUACUGCUGAUACCUGCAGAUUUUCUCCUUUUCAAAAGGAGAUACCAUAGACUUCGAUGUGGGGCUUGCUUGGAGGUGCUCAGAUUUUCGCUCCAAAAGAGAUCGCAUAUUGUCCCCUAUGAACAGAAUGCUAUAGCCCCUCCUCCGAGUGAGGUUGGCGACUAUAAUGCUGCAUCUAAUGGCGGUAACUUGGCUCAACAUGCGGAUACUGUUUCAUGUUCUGAUGAUUAUGGUUACGGACCCUCUUACUACAACGGUUACUCUACUGACGGUGAUCCUGGAGCUCUCGCACCCUCCAACUCUCCCCGAGGCAAUUCAGAAGACCGGAAUAUGUCAUAUAGUUCAUUGGAUCAAAUGAGACAGAGGAAGGAGCUUGUUUUGAGAGAGUCUCAGAACAAAGAUAAGAAUCCAAUUGAAACAUAUGUGUCAGCAAGACCAUCGUUAUCCUCAGAAAUCAAGGAGCUGCCAGCAAAGUCGAGUUCACCACUUCAUCGACUCAUGGGCUACGCUUCGCCAAGCCAAGUGAUUAGAGGGUCUGGAUCAUCUCAGACAGGGAGAAGCUCAUACCCUUUGCAGAGAUAACCUUGAACUCAAGGAACCAACAGAUUUCUCAGAGUAUGAUAAUACGAAGCUCCGAGGAUUCUUCUCAAAUGGAAGAACUUAUUCGUCUCACUUACCGGACCCUGAAGCAUUGCAAAGUUGGAGAAAGCGAAUAGAACCCUGACGGAAGCAAAGGUUUCCGGGAAGUGAUUCGAACAGAGACGUUGCCUUAUUUUUGCCAUAUCUACAUGUUAGGACUCGAAAAUUUGUCGCGAAAGGAGUUCUUUCUGAUAUAGUUUCCCAUGAGUGAGUAUAUGUUAGAUGUAGAAAUCAAGUUUUCGAUCGUUGUGUGUAUAUACAAGUUUACCAGGGAUUUCUAUUUCGUUUAUUUGUUUAUAUGCAACAUAUCCUGUGCAACUAUACAUAAAACCAUACAUAAAAUAGGAGAAGAAUCUGAUAUGAUCAAUUCCAUACAUAAAACGAUACACGCUUUGCUUUCG